CCCACUUGGCACAAUGCACACAGACAUCUCUCCCUCCUCAUAUAUUUAUAGGUUUCAUCUCUUUCAACAUUGUCCAUGACACAGAGUAGAAGCAGAGCAAUGGCGCCUCCUCCAGUAAACUCCAUCAUCCUCUCUUUCCUUCUCCUCUUCUUCAUCCUCCCUUCUACUACUCUCUCGGAACGCUGCAACCCAAAAGACAAAAAGGUUCUCCUCCAAAUCAAGAAAGCCCUAAACAACCCCUACCACCUCGCCUCCUGGAACCCUAAAACCGACUGCUGCGACUGGUACUGCAUCGAAUGCGACCUAAACACCAGUCGCAUCACCGCCCUCAACAUUUUUUCAGGCCAAAUCUCCGGCCAAAUCCCCGCCGAAGUCGGGGACCUGCCCUUCCUCGAAACCCUUAUCUUCCGCAAGCUCUCCAAUCUCAGCGGCAACAUCCCCCCCUCCGUCGCCAAACUCAAACGCCUCAAGACGAUCCGCGUAAGCUGGACCAACAUCUCCGGCGAAGUCCCCGGCGCCAUCCUGAGCCAGCUCAAGAACCUCAACUACCUCGAUCUCUCCUUCAACAACCUCUCCGGAAAAAUUCCCCCUUCCCUCUCGACCCUCCCCAAUCUCGGCGCCCUCCACCUAGACCGGAACCGCCUCACCGGCGAGAUCCCCGAGGAGUUCGGAAACUUCUGGCCGAACUUCCCCGACCUUUAUCUCUCCCACAACCAGCUGUCCGGACCGAUCCCUAAAUCGCUGGGGCGAUUGAACUUCUCGACAAUCGAUUUCUCGAGGAACGCCCUGGAAGGAGACGCGUCGAUGCUGUUCGGCACGAACAAGUCCGUCCAGAUCGUGGAUUUGUCGAGGAACAAGCUUCAGUUCGAUCUGACGAAUGUUGAGUUUCCGCAGAGCUUGACGUCCCUGGACUUGAACCAUAACCAGAUUUUCGGGAGUUUGCCGGCGACAUUGACGGAUCUGGAGCUCCAGUAUGUGAAUGUUAGUUACAAUCGGCUGUGCGGGAUGAUUCCAGUCGGCGGGAAGUUGCAGAGUUUCGAUUACUCAUCUUAUUUCCAUAACAAGUGCUUGUGCGGGGCUCCGCUUGCAAGCUGCAAGAAGUGAAGUCCGCGGCCGGAAUGAUCGGCAGCGGGAGAUUGGCCGGAGAAAAACAGUAGGUUUGAUGUUUGAAGUACGAGGAUGGCGAUGGGGCCAACGUCUAUAUUUUAUUUCCCGCGUAGCUUUGACUAUGAUGUUUUAAUAAAAAUUAAUUUACAA